UACUCUAUCUCCCAAAUUAAUCAAUUUCCAUUCCUAGUACUCAAUGUUUUUCUUCUAAUGAAAUAACCAUUUUUUCUAGACUCAGAUAAUAAUUCAUAUCCAGAAAAAGUGUAGCACUAGUUGUUAAAGAAAUGCUUUAAAAAGAAGUAGUAUUUUGUUUAUAGUUUAUACCAAUAGAUGUAAAAAUAAUGGCGAAAAAUUAUUAAAGCGGCUUACUUAGCCAGACGAUUCCUAUAGAAUUUCAUCAUAACAAAAUAUACGCGCGCAAUAAUUGUAUAUUUUGAUGGCUUCUCUGUUGUCAAGCCUGAGCUUUUGAUGAGCUGCAGCUUGUUAUAAUACAUGGAUCACAAAAAAACUGAGACUCCAAAUUGUUUUGUGGACUGGCUUGAGACAGAUGUCUGCCUUUAUAUUAUGAGUUUCUUAGAUGACCCGGCUGAUAUAGCUAGUGUCUCUGCUGUCUCGCGUCAUUGGCGCCGAUUUGUGAUUGCAAAUGGGCUUGCAAAACAGCUGUGCUUAAAAAAUUUCCCGCAGCUCCCUGGUAUUGUUGAAGUAGUGAAUGGAACUGAAGGAACAACGAAUUCAGUUGCAGUCGAAGACAGUAGUGCUGUCGAAUGGGCGGUCCUCAAGAGAGAUCACUGGGCUUAUGCAUCUCUACUUCAGGCCAUCCUGAAAUCGAAGCUUUCACCAAAAGAUUGCAUAGCAAAGGCAGUAAGUGCAUCUAGCACUGACAAUUAUCCAGACGAAAGUGUUGUUAAUACAUUGAAUCCAAGGGACAGAUUCAUUCGGAGAGCUUCGCACUGGUCAAGUAAAGGACAAAGUAAUCCUGACGUGCCUGAGACGUUAGUUUAUAAACUAAGUGCAGGAAUUUGGGUUAUUACUGAAGUCGAUAUUCAACCAUUUGAAGCUUUUUUCCAGAUGGGAAAACCCAUAUACUCUGCCAAAUUUGUAAGAUUCAGAAUGGGCCAUCUGAAAUCCCCAAGAGAGAUAGGAGAUGACCUCCAAUGUUUACCAUUGCAGAAACCUAAUGAUGAUGACAAGUUUGUAUGGACUUACACUUCUCCACAAUUUCCCAUGACACAGGAGAAUUGCUUGCAGCCGUUCAAGCUACCAGACCCGGUCCUCUGCGUUGGUGGAUAUAUGCAGAUUGAACUGUUGGGUAGGGUCCAGAGGCAGGAAAUUGAUGGAUUAUUCUAUAUAUGUGUGUGCUACGUUCGGGUUCUUGGGCGCCCUCUAUUUCCUGCAUUCGACAUGGAGAUCCUGGAGCCAAAUGGGGAGCUUUUGCUCAAGUUUCACCCCAAGAAUCUCAACUGCGUGCUGCAAAACUCGUCGCGGGAUGAGAUCCCUGAACUACGCCACCUUGAAGAGAAGAUGUGGGAUCGAAUAGGUCUGCUGGAGGAUUUGUUGCGCGGGAUACAACAAGGGCCUAACAAUGCCUUGGCUUUGGAAGAAGACGAGGAGGAGGAUGGUAUGGAUGCCGAUCUUGUUCCCUAAUUUUUCUUAUGCUAAACCGCUCUUCUUCAUUUUUUUUUCCGUUAUCGGCUCUGUAGAUGAUUAAGCUUUUGAUGCACUUGAUAUUCUUAUCAAUGAGCAUGUAUAUUGAGUGGCUUCUAAUAUGUCAUCUAGAACCACCCUAUCUUCUGAAGAAAUAAAAAUAUAAGAACAAUAUAAAUAAAUAAAAAUCGCUUUCAAACGCAA